CAUGAGGAAGUGAAGUGGAAGGAGUGUUGGCUGCAUGGGGAAGUGAAGUGGAAGGAGUGUUGGCUGCAUGGGGAAGUGAAGUGGAAGGAGUGUUGGCUGCAUGGGGAAGUGAAGUAGAAGGAGUGUUGGCUGCAUGGGGAAGUGAAGUGGAAGGAGUGUUGGCUGCAUGAGGAAGUGAAGUGGAAGGAGUGUUGGCUGCAUGGGGAAGUGAAGUGGAAGGAGUGUUGGCUGCAUGGGGAAGUGAAGUGGAAGGAGUGUUGGCUGCAUGGGGAAGUGAAGUGGAAGGAGUGUUGGCUGCAUGGGGAAGUGAAGUGGAAGGAGUGUUGGCUGCAUGAGGAAGUGAAGUGGAAGGAGUGUUGGCUGCAUGAGGAAGUGAAGUGGAAGGAGUGUUGGCUGCAUGAGGAAGUGAAGUGGAAGGAGUGUUGGCUGCAUGAGGAAGUGAAGUGGAAGGAGUGUUGGCUGCAUGAGGAAGUGAAGUGGAAGGAGUGUUGGCUGCAUGGGGAAGUGAAGUGGAAGGGAAUGUCUCCACCUGCUGGGGAACAGGGAGGAGAGCUGUCUUCACUUCAAGGACCUUUUUUCUUGAAGCUGUCUCCUACUGCUGGUGUGACAAGAGAGAGGUUUGUCAGCUUAUAUAGCUGAGCGCUGCAUCUUCAUCUGUUCAGCUGUCUCAUUGGUUCUCAACCAGAGUUUUUUUUCUUCUGUGGAUUCUUCGUCUUGGAAAUUUUUUUAUCAUAUUUUGUCAGAAAGCCGUCUCUUCGGUUCAUCAAGUGCUGAUGUCUCACUCUUCAGGUGCUGUUCUGCCUUGACUCGGCAAGUUGCCUGGCAACUUGUUUUCAUAUGUCAAGCUUUUGUCAAAUUUUGACCUCUUAUGGGUUUUGUAGUAGGGCGGCUUUGGGCGACGAUACAAAAAGGUACUAUCUGUCAGCACAUUAGCUAUCCACUUCGUUCAACACCCAGUGCUGUUUGCUGAAACCCAUGUUAAGUUCACCUAAAAUAUCUCAGGGACCAAUCAGAAUCCCACAUUUUUCUGUGCCCAGCAUCACGUGAUUGCAUGGCAAAUGGAUGGAGCACAUUGAGUGAGAAUGGAAUUCCCUUUCUCUUCAGUAUCGACGUCCUUCAGUUGUUUGUGAAAUAGAAGCAUUCUUCAAAUUGAGCACAACAGUAUGAAUGUAAGACCAUGUGACAAAAUACAAACCACCAUACGGGAAAUGGAAGAAGGAGAGAAAUCAGAGUGGUGUCAUCAGAUCCAGUUGUGGUUGUAUCGAUCUGUGUGUCUUGAAGACGCCGCACACAAUAAGGUGAUGACAGUAUCACAGGUUCAUUGAUGUUGUCCAGACAUUCAUCUCCAGAGGUCCACGUGAUCUCAGACAGACAUUUUCCCAAGAGAUGCGGUGUUACCCAAGAUUUAGUGGACCAUAGACACUCCAUUCGAAUGAAUGGAUGAACAACCUCGCAUUUGAUUACAACAAUGUUAUCCACUGGGUCAAAUGCUCACUGUGAAUAAAAGCAUCUGCUAAAAAGCAUAUUUUACUUUUUAAUGAGGAAAACCUAGACCAGCAGGUAAGGAGAGUAGGGCAGAGUCCUAGCCUGGGAACCAGACCAAUCAGGAAGCUCAUGGUUCAUUUGCUGAGGUCAAUGUCCGUCCGUCCUUUCAUUCCAUAGGAUUCCCCUCCGGCAUAAAUAUCGCCUAUCCAAUUACAACCGUUUGACAGGGGGUGGGUUUAAUAUGAGGACAGUACAGAGGAAGGCCGUUGAGGCAUUUUUGAAAAAAGAAAAAAAAACUAGAUGGCGUUUUGUUGCUCUGAUUGGUUGCAUCUCUACUAAUUGCUCCCAAAUGCUUUUUGGUCUGUUCCUGUUGAUAACUCCCCUUCAAACACAGUUUCAACUUGUAUUUCAAAGAAUAUACAUAAAAUCACAUUUAGACAAAUUUCAUUCAAGCCAGACUGCCAUUGCCUAAAUGUUCACUUCAAACAAGCACCAAUACAGCUCUUGGCUUCCAUGCACAACAUCCCAUUAACGAGAGCUUACGCUCAUCAGAACCACAUAUGAGGGAGGAAGUGAAGAGGAGGCGCAAGAUGGGGUCACUUACACACGCAGGUUGACUCAUCCCUUCAUACACCGCGCCCAGUCUGAGAGGCAGACCAAAGGAAAAGAUAUAGAGGGGAGGAGAAGGUGAAGAGAGGCAGACUAAUGUGUGAACUGGAGGAAGAGAGAGAGACAGAGAGAGAAAGACAGACAGAGAGACAGACAGAUAGACAGACAGGAAGAGAGAGUGAGAGAGAGAUGACUUGUAGAAAAAGAUGAAGAGGGACAAAAGGGCUUUGUAAUGGAAACACUUUGUGCCAUCGCCACUGUGGUCUGUGGUCCCGGAUCCUUCUAGUUGGAUCGGAAGAAGAGACACUGGCUCUUCACAUGUCUUCCAGUCUUUGUUAUUAUAAUGCUCUCUUCUGCUGUGAGGGGAGAGAGGUAGAGACACGCAGAUAUGAAAUGGGAGGAUGAAAAAGGAACGAGUGUGAAUGUGAGGGAAGGGAGGGAGUGAGCGGGGUUGCACUGCCUGUUUCUUAUUGGCUGGUUAUGACGACAUGCUCCCCUGAGGCUCCCUCGACCCCUCCCCUUUCACUCUCUUGCCGUCUCUCGUUCGCUCUCGCUCUCCACCACUCCCUAGUGUCUCCCCCUGUGCACUUGUCUGUCAAGCCGAUGCCAUUUGGAGCGCGCACGCACGCACCGUAGCAGUAGCAUCAGCUAGCGUUUAGCAUUUAGCAACGGUGCAAAAACAAGAGAAAGAGAGGUUGAGGGAGGGCGUUGCAAUUUUUUUUCCAAGGGAUGUCUAGCUCAAGCGGAUCUGCACAGCCAGUCCCCAGACCCCUCUCCUCCUCCUGUGUCCCUUACUCCGUUUCUUCUCUUCUUUUCUUCUAGCAGUGGACGCUCCCUCCCUCCCUUCCUGCUGCAUGCUCGUUCUGUCUCCCACCUUCACAUCCACCUCUCUCUUUUCGUGUGUGUGUGCGUGCUCUGCUGUGGACUGCCCAGCCCCUGAACUCUGCGAGGGGGAGCUCGCCAGGAGAGCGGCAAUGGCAGUUAGCCGUUAGCAUCACAAGCCCCUUCAGUUUGGAGGACCACCCAACAGAGGAGAAGGAGAGAGAGGAAGGGAGGGUUGGGACUCCGCAGUGGUCUCUUCACCUGCCUUGCCAAGCCACGACACAAACGCACGCUUCAGAGACCCCCCCCCUGCGUCUCUCCUGUCUGCGUUGGGAACCCCCGUCUCAUCAAAUUUGACUUCUUCUUUCGAGGACCAGACCCCCAGGACCGGACCUAUUUACUGGACGUCUGCUUGAAGCAGCCACGGUUCUCUCCAAGGCUAAUUGCCCCAUGUUGUCUUGUGCUUGACUGGGCAAGUGUUUGGGGGUGCUCCUGGGAAGGAGGUGGAAGAUACAGACUGAAACUCUCUCUCACAUUUAAAGGCGCCAUCUGUCUGACUGGUUGUCCUGCUCCGGCCAUGGCUGUUUGUCGUUCGCCCUGGCUCUGUGUCGCCAGCCUGGGAGGCCAGGGAGCCGUUCACGACGCCACGCUCACACGCCACAUCCGGCCAAUCAGCCUGGGUCUCUGAGACAGAACAGUUCAGAAAACUCUCCUCUGUGUGAGGACUCUCUGCUGUAGUGGGUUGUAGAGAACAACCAUUUCGGGAAGGACACCCUUGUUGGUUUAAGUUUUUAAAGCCAACUGUCAGUGACAUCGAUGAUUAUCACCGAUAUAUAAAAGUGUGUUUUUGUUGUUUUGCUUCGAUGGCUCCUCGUUGAGAGGUCUUCAGUGUUUGACGGGGUUUUUUCUCGCUCUCUCUUUCUCUCUCUCUGAAGAAGAAAGAGGAGGAAGAGGAAGAGGAUAAAUGAUUUUAUACUUGUCUGUCACCUGCCUAAACCCCAACCCAGUGUGCCGGGUGGAUUUCGUUGCUAGGCAACAGUGUGCCAGCGUACAAUCUUUGGGGAAGAAAAGGCUUUGUGAAGGAAGAUGAGUGUGAAGAGCUUGUGGACCGUGUUCCUGAUCUAAACGGGGAAAGCUCCGGAUCAUCACACUAUGCUAGCAGCAGUGCCUGUAGCACUCCAUUUUAUGACUGUUGUCUCAUCAAGCCAAUGGGCAGUUUGGGGCCUCUGACAGUGGAUGAAGCUGCAUGGACCUGAAGCUCUCACUGUUAUUGAAAUCUCUGUGGUGCUCUAAUGAACUGGAUCAAUUGUGCCCUGGGCUGACGUUCAGCCGGUUUUCUGCUGAGUUUGUACAAUCCAGUCGACCGCAUCUUGUUCUGUUCUCCGUCCCCUUGCCUCACCGCGUUGUGAGACUGCCCAAUGAGGAUAUAUCGACUACCUCUCCGUAAAGGUCAGCCCCGUUGUUCAUCGACACUUGGCCGGCUGUGCUAAGCGACUCAAAGGAGGGAGGCGACGAAACAAAUCCCUGGACCUGACCCACGUAGCUCAAACUUGGACUCUGGUGGGACCGGUCGAGGGGGGGGGGGGCUGUUUGACGACACGCUGGAGUCACCCGCCACCCUGGCCCCUCUGAGGGACUCUCCCUCUCCGACGCCCUCCUCCCCCCAUGCCCCUCCCCCGCUGCCCUGCCUGGACCCGCAGCUGGCCCCCAUGGCGGUGCACGGGGCAGCAGAGGAGGCGGGCAGCCCGGGGGAGGAGAAGGCCGGGCAGGCAGACUCGGUCUGCAAGGUGAUGGGGAUGCUGGGAAUGGGACACCGCCUCUUCGUACCACGGCUGCUGGCGACAUCCAAAGAAGACCUACUCCAGGCAGACUUCGAAGGGGCUCUCAAGUUCUUCAGGGUCCAGCUGCCUAAACGCUACCGGGCAGCCGAGAAUGCCCGCAGGCUGAUGGAACAAGCCUGCAACAUUAAGGUGCCCACCAAGAAGCUGAAGAAGUUUGAGAAGGAGUACCUGUCCUUCAGGGAGAGCCAGCUCCAGCAGGAGGACCCUAUCGACCGAUACCAGAGGGAGAACCGUCGCCUACAGGAGGCCAGCAUGCGUCUCGAGCAGGAGAACGAUGACCUGGCCCACGAGCUGGUCACCAGUAAGAUCGCCCUCCGCAACGACCUGGACCAGGCGGAGGACAAGGCGGACGUGUUGAACAAGGAGCUGCUGAACACCAAGCAGCGCCUGGUGGAGACGGAGGAGGAGAAGAGGAGGCAGGAAGAGGAGACGGCACAGCUGAAGGAAGUGUUCAGGAGGGAGCUGGAGAAGGCCGAGUCCGAGAUCAAGAAAACCACAGCCAUCAUCGCCGAAUACAAACAGAUCUGCUCUCAGCUGAGCAGCCGGUUAGAGAAACAGCAGGCAGCCACCAAGGAGGAGCUGGACAUAGUCAAGAGUAAGGUGAUGGCGUGCGAGCGUUGCCGGGAGGUGUUCAGUAAAGAAGGGCCCCUCCAGAUGCCUCCGCCCAGCAGGGACUGCGGGCCCGGCGAUCAGGACGAGGAGAAGGACUCUCUGAAGAGCCAGCUGAGGGAGAUGGAGCUGGAGCUGGCCCAGACCAAGCUGCAGCUGGUGGAGGCCAAGUGCAAGAUCCAGGAGCUGGAACACCAGCGGGGGGUCCUGAUGAAUGAGAUCCAAGCAGCCAAAAACUCCUGGUUCAGCAAGACCCUGGGCUCCCUGAAGAGCUCCGGCAGCUCCCAGUCCUCCCAGCCGCCCUCCUCCCCUAAGGAAGGGCCCCAGUGAGGCCCGGCCCCAGAACUGACAGAGGUGUAGAGGGCACCAUGCACAUGAGAGCCCUGUGAACACGAGCUGAGGAACGCCUACAAUGAUGCAGUAUCCUCUUUCCAAACAAAGGGGGGGGGGGGGGGGCAGUGAACACAGGAAGUGCUGCUGCUUGAUUCCUGUCAGGAGGGGGGAGCACAGAACCACGCUUUCACUGUCCAUCCCAAACCUGCCCCUCUCACAAGCCAUCUCCAGACAUUCGCCUCUACUGGUGGAGAUGUGGAAAAGGUGUUUAUCGCAGGGUCAUUUGCAUACCACCCCGGCUGCUACGGCACUUAAUGGGUCCAGUGCUUCAUGUACAUAUACACAUUAUAUUAUGUUGGCCUGGGUAUAGCGUGGACCUAAAACAAACCUUGCAUCGUUAAAGCAGAUUAGAAAUCUCACCUCCAGGGGGCGAUAUUUCCUCCCCCGCUGCUGUGGAGUAAUGGCUUACAAGCAUGGUAGGCAUUGCUUUUAAGGCCCUACAGUAAUUUGCUGGGUAGAGAUCAAAACACCUUGGGUCUGCUUGAUAGUGAAACAGUUACUGGCAAAAAUCCAUUGUAAUGGAUGCUGUUUCAACUACCGGAAACAUCUUCAGUGUAGUUUGUGUAGCAGCUUUGCGGAAGGGGAUACUGCAUUUAGAAUCAAAUACAAUACAUCUUUAUAGUGAUAUUAAGUAACCAAUGUUGUUAUAUAAAUAUGUAUAACUAAUUAUUGAUCAUUUUUAAUCUUGUACAGUUCUGUAGAGGAAGUUCUUUGUUAAUUCUUUUUUUUUUUUUUUACUGUUUGAAAAGUGAAUGUUUUUAAUGUGGAUGUGAUGAAGCACAGUGUGUCAGGUCUGAACACAGAGCGCCAAAGUGACAUUCCCUCCUCAAUCAGAUCCCGCUUCCUCCAGCAGCGUUUCUGAAACUGCCAUAGUGCACACAGAAACACUUUGACAGACAAAAAUGCGAAAGCUUCGUCAGAAUCUGAUACUGCUUUGAUGCCUCUCUCAACUCAUGCCGUCGAUAUUCAGCUUCUAGUCUCAGAUAGGAUCUUUAAUUCGAGGCAUAUGAGUGGUCAUAACCCUAGACUUAAAGGAGGGUGUAUAAUCUAGCAUGCUACUCCCACCUCAUACGUGAGAACCCCUCUCUGCCACAGCACACUUAGUGACCCAGUGUAGCUGAACUUAACACACAGCCGCAAACAACCCACGACCUGUAGAAAUCAAAGCGCUUUUACAGAAUGGCACAAUGCAAUAUCCCUUACCUACAGAGACGUGGGUGAGUGACAACAGAAAUUAUACCAUUCCAAAUAUUUGCUUAAUGGGUAUUAUGUGAAUUGGCCUUUGAUCAAAAGUACACGUUUUAAAGCCAAGUCCAACCCGUUUAUGGAGGGGGUGAUGUAAAUGCACGUGUUUACACUGGAGGCCUGGGGACACAGCUCAUAGCUGCAAUACAUGUGCCAAGAAUACUGCUCUGACCUAUGUCCUGCUCCAUACCCUGUACCUGUGCAGGAAAUCCCCCAUUGGACAUGUGUGUGUGUUUGUCCUGCACUAAAACCUGAUUGUUUUACAGUUUAAAUGGCUUUCUCAAUUUGCUGCCUUGUUUUAGUUGUUUUACUGUUCUCAUCUAAGCCCAGUUGACAGAAUGAAGGAAGCCAUUUCAAAAUGCUUUGUACUUAGUUGGAGGAUCUUUCGCUGUGCCAAGACCAAAGUCUCAAGUCUAUCAGAUGGCAGUUGGUAAGAAAGUAGGAUUCUGGGGCCCAUCCCAAUUCUCUCACCACACUUCCUUGUCCCUGUUUACUUUGUCAACCACUGAGCUUGACAGAUGUGCAAUAUGAAGCCUGUGCAGGCCUUGGAUAUAACAGAUAUUGCUAUCAAAUCAGUUGUUGUUAUCUAGGAAAGAAAAGGACAGGAGAAGGGUUGGACAGGAUUUGAGACAGGCAUGUUUUUGGUGUGCUCUAAUGGAGCAGCCAGCUAAGUGUAUCUAACACGUCAGCGAUCAGUUGACGUCAAAGUGCUUGAGUCUGUCAUUUUAAGUUUAACCUUAACGCUCGAAAGCCUGUGUCUUUUACCUACACUAACAUUGCAUACGUAUUUUAAACACUAUUUGAAAUGUUAAUUUGUUCUUCCAAGUUAUCGGUGAGAACAAAAUCCUACAAUUAAUAAUGUUGUUACUUUUUUCCUGUUGAACUCAGCUGCCAAAUCAUAAUCUGCCUAGAUACCAGUAAUGUACAACAAAUGCAAUGACAUUUGUUUUCCUAGACAUCACGCAGUUAGGAUGCCCACUGACCGCUUGUGGUUUCAUUUUAAGUUAUCAGCCAUUUCUCUUGUCAUGUACAUUAUAGCCGUAAUUUUACUCCAGUUGUAUUUUCUGUACAGUAACUGUACUGUCUGGCUAACUGUACAUUAAUAAAGUUUCCGUUUCUCUGUC